CUCUCUCUCUCUCUCUCUCUCUCUCCACACAGGGGGCCGAAGCCGAUUUCAAUUUCUCCCAGAGCCUUCGAAUCCCUCGUCAAAUCUGUCUAAAAAUCGAAUAUUUGGAGGAGAAAUGGCUGCGUUCCAGCUGGUUUCAGCUCUUGUGCUGUCGUUGUUCCUCCAAAUCCAAAGAUCGGUCUUGAUGGUGGACGGGGCCAUUGGCGUGAACUGGGGUACGCUGUCGUCCCACCGGCUGCAGCCCUCCAUUGUUGUGGAUCUCAUGAAGGAGAACAAGAUCUCCAAGGUGAAGCUCUUCGACGCCGACCCCACCGUGCUUCGGGCGCUGGCGGGGAGCGGCAUCCAGGUGAUGGUGGGCAUCCCCAACGACAUGCUCGGGAUUUUGGGCUCUUCGCCCGCCACUUCAGAUCUCUGGGUCACUCAGAAUGUGUCGAGAUAUAUGGUUAAAGGCGGCGUGGACAUCAGGUACAUUGCUGUCGGCAACGAGCCCUUCCUCACAAGCUACCAGGGGCAAUAUCAGUCCCUGGUUCUUCCAGCAAUGCUCAAUCUUCAGCAAUCACUAACAAAAGCAAACCUGGGAGGUUAUGUAAAGCUGGUCGUCCCUUGCAAUGCUGAUGCUUAUCAGUCCGCCACACUUCCUUCUCAAGGAACAUUUCGACCUGAACUGACUCAGAUAAUGACCCAGCUGGUCUCUUUUCUCAAUUCCAAUGGAUCUCCCUUUGUGGUUAACAUUUACCCUUUCCUGAGUCUUUACCAGAGCUCAGACUUCCCACAAGACUAUGCCUUCUUUGGGGGAUCUUCGCACCCGGUUGUAGAUGGCCCAAGCGUGUAUUACAAUGCCUUUGAUGGAAAUUUUGACACCUUAGUGGCUGCUCUUACGAAAAUCGGCUUUGGGCAGAUGCCUAUAGCAAUUGGUGAAGUGGGCUGGCCAACAGACGGAGCGGCAAGUGCAAAUCUUAGUGCUGCAAGGGCUUUCAACCAAGGCCUUAUCAGUAAUGUCUUGAAUAACAAAGGGACUCCUCUGAGACCUGGGGUUCCUCCAGUGGAUGUUUAUCUCUUCAGUCUUCUGGAUGAAGAACAAAAGAGCGUACUUCCAGGGAAUUUUGAGCGACACUGGGGGAUAUUUUCUUUCGACGGUCAGGCUAAGUACCCCCUGGUCAUUGGAUUGGGUAAUGGCAGAUUAAAGAAUGCCAAAAAUGUUCAAUAUCUCCCAUCAAGGUGGUGUGUUGCCAACCCAUCUCGAGAUCUUGAUGCUGUUGCAAAUCAUAUGAAGCUGGCUUGCAGUGUUGCUGAUUGCACCACUCUCUUCUAUGGAGGAUCGUGCAAUGCUAUCGGAGAUAAGGGAAAUAUCUCAUACGCAUUCAACAGUUACUAUCAGUUACAAAAGCAGGAAGCUCGGAGUUGUGAUUUUGAUGGGCUUGGAAUGGUUACAUUCCUCGAUCCUUCAAUUGGCGACUGCCGCUUUCUUGUCGGAAUUAGUGAUAGCAGUUGUUCUUGCAUUGGUUGCGGAAUAUUUGCUGGGUUAUGGAUUAUGACCUUGUGGGUGUUGAUGUAUCUCAGAGUUUUGGGUUCUCUGUGAUGCCAGAAAGAGCUUGUUCGGGUAUUUGUGGUGUCCUUCUGAAAGUUGGAUCUUCUGUACUCACAGGGAGAACAAUAGAAUACAGUAGUUUUUCAUUAUACAUCAGUGAAGCCAUUUGUCCAUAGUUCUUCCUUA